AUGGAAACACAACGAGGAAACGGAUCCAGCAACAACAGCACCGCCACCACCACUACCACUACCACCACCACGUGGACCCGGCUGAAGGAUAUACUGCUAGACUUUCAUCUAAAUUCGGAUCGUGUGUUUUACUGCAUCGGACUGAGCAUCGGGAAACGGCCCUGGCUAUGGCUGUUGGUCACCUUUGUCAUGAACUGCGUCUGUAUACCGGGUAUGCUGCUUUGGAAAGAGGCCGUCGAUGACGUCGAGAUGUUCGUGCCGGACGACUCCAUAGUACGGGCGGACGCCACCUGGGUCAGGAACCACUUCCACGACGAGUUCCGAUACGAGAGCAUCAUCGUGACCGCCCCCAACGUUUUGGAGCCCGAAGUGCUGCGUUCGAUCAGCAAGAUCGAGCAGAUCGUGAAGAACGUACGGGUGAAGAAUAGCACUUGGAAAGACGUGUGCGCAGGGUAUCUCACGUGGUUCAAUAAAACGGACACCACGGAUAUCUUCAAGGACCUCGACAUCACCGAGGACAUUCUCGCCGAGCUGAACAGCACAGCGUUCAAGGACGGUUGUAUAUAUCAGUCGAUCGUGCAACUCUGGGACACUGGUUUGUCGAAAGACGUUCGUAAUCUGACGAAAAAGGAAAUCGUCGAGGAUGUGAACAAGGCGUUGAGGCACAAGAUCGCUGGCAAUCUGUUGCUGGACAUCAGUCCUCUGCUCUCGGGACUCUCAUACGACAAAAAGGGUCGGAUUCGUGGCGCGAAGGCGACGAUCCUGAAUUGGUUGCUGCAGAAAACAAACUCGAACUCGGAGGAAUGGGAGCUGGAAUUCAUAGAUCGCGUUCUCCGGGGGAACGUCACGUUGCCGGCCGGGGUCGAGGUAUACGCGAUUGCCACGCGAAGUUACAUAGACACCUUACACCAGAUAUUGAACAGCAAUCUGACAGUGCUGUGCUGCGGUAUAUCGUUGAUUGUGGUUUACGUGACGGCGAUGAUCGGUAAAUGUAACGCCUUGGAGCAACGGAUUUACCUGUCGUUAAUGGGCGUUUUUGUGGUCGGCCAAGCGAUCCUGUCCUCUUACGGGUUGUGUUACUACUUGAGAUACUCGUACGGGCCGCUACAUUCGAUUCUACCGUUUCUGUUGCUCGGUAUAGGCGUCGAUAACAUGUUCGUGAUCAUGCAGAGCCUGACGAACUUGCCGGAGACCGAUCAGGCUCUGGAACUUCCGGUUCGGAUCGCUAAAGCGAUGCAACAGUCGGGCAUGUCCGUCACAGUGACUUCAUUCACGAACGUAAUCGCGUUUGCCUUCGGCAUCACGACGGUGAUGCCGUGUCUAAGAUCCUUUUACGCGUUCGCCACACUGGGUAUCCUCUUCUUGUACAUCUACGAGGUCACCUUCUUCAUGAGCUGCCUGGUGUACGAUGAAAAGAGGCUCCAGGCUCGUAAGGACGGCUGUUUCUGUCGUCCAAGAUUGAACUGGAAACCGAACGAGUGCAGUCAAAGAAACACUCAGCAGAUUCUCUUUGAGAAUUACAUCGGUCCGUGGGUUGUCAAGAACUCCGUGAGAACGAUCAUACUGUUGAUCACCGGUGGCCUUCUGUGCGUCAACACGUGGGCCAUUUUCCAGCUGGAGCAAAACUUCGAUCCGCUUUGGUACUUAAACCAGGACUCAUAUCCGAUCCAAUUCAAUAACAAGCUGAAAGAGUACUUUCCAAAGUACGGAAAACGUGCCGGCAUUUACAUGACCGGCGUGGACUACUACGAGGAUCGUGACUCCCUCUUCAGAUUGGUAGAAGGUCUAAAAGCGAAUCGGUUCAUUAAUAACGGCACUCUUGAACCGUGGUUCAUUGCCUAUGAAAAGUGGCUUAACGCUACUAACAAAGGUGAGAUUGAAAGCAGCGAAGAAUAUUAUAAUGUCCUUACCGAAUAUUUACUUCUGACUAAGGAAGGUCAAGCAUAUAUUAAGGAUAUUAAGUUCAGUAGUAUUCCAGCCGGAGAAUAUAAUAUAACGACAUCACAAAUUCCAAUACAACAUGUACUCAUCAACACAACCAUAGAACAAGUACAAGCAAUGGAGUCAAUCAGAGAAACAGUUCAGGGUACUAAUUUCUCCCAGGGAACCGACUAUAUUGCUAUUUUCUCGCCAGAUUAUGUUUCUUGGACCGCGAACAAGGUGAUAGGAGAGGAGUUGACUAGAAACUUGUGCCUCGAGAUAAUAACUAUCGGAGUGGUUAUAGUAAUAUUUCUCAGAGAUUUUAAGGCAUCCUUUUGGGUUCUCUGUUGCGUUUUAUUCACGCUCAUUGAUUUAUUAGGUUCUAUGUACUUUUUAAACUUGACUAUCGAAAUGUCUUCGAGUAUUAUGAUUUUACUAUGUGCGGGGUUAGCAGUUGAUUAUGCGGCUCAUAUUGGACUGGAAUUUAUCCGUACAAAGGGCAGUAAGAAAGAACGUGCAAUUGCAACACUUUCUAUCAUUGGACCAGCCGUAUUUAAUGGAGGUUUGAGCACGUUCCUCGCAUUUGUGUUACUGGGUUCCAGUGAAGCUUACAUAUUUAGUACUUUCUUUAAGUUAUUCACAUGUGUAGUAAUGUUUGGUUUAUUUCAUGGACUACUAUUCUUACCAGUAAUCUUAAGCUUACUGGGCCCUGGAGAAAGAAGAACUGAAAUAAAAAAGGCGAAUGUUUCGCGAGAACACAAUGGAUACUGUACUGUUCCUUUAUCUCAAAAUGAGAAAGAUUCAGGAAGUAGAACUGCCAAAUGAAAUUUGGCAGUGUCUAAAAGACUGCUUAGAUAAGUAUUUUGGUUACAAGAUCCUAGUAUAUAAAUUGCAUUUAUGGACACAAUGCACAUGUACUGUAAGACAGUAGUUUGUACAUUCUUUCAUAUAAAAACAAAUAAAAAUGUAUG